AUUUUCGCUCGCAACACUGCGCACGCAGACACACCGCUCCUGACCACGACGCAUUGCCGUGCUCUGUGAAGUCGGCUCAUCAUGUCUCGUCGUAGGCCGCACAAAAAGUCUCGACUUGGAUGUCAGGAGUGUAAACGUCGCCACGUCAAGUGCGAUGAGGCUCGGCCCGCUUGCAGGAAUUGUUUGACUCUCGACCGAACCUGCAUUUACCCGCCUUCGCCAGCGCACGCACAGAGGCCGCCCCUAGCAGUAUCGAAGCUUCAUCCUCUGUCCUCAUCAGCUGGCGAUGUUGUUUCUACGCCUGCUGCAACGACCCCUUCGACGGCUACCACGAGCGCGGUGGCCCACAUAUCGACUCCCUCAACUUUCGUGCUAUCUGCGGAAACGCCAAGCCUGGCUGUUACGUCUCCUGCACAACACGAUGCACUAUAUCCGCCUGUGAACAUGCGUCAUAUGGAGCUAUUAAGCAACUUCAUUAUGGUAACAGGUCCAAGCCUUGCACACGGACAUCAGCUGGACCCUACCUUCUUUCAUGUUUUGAUGCCGAUAGCCUCUUCUGCUCCCUAUCUCAUGCAUCAAAUACUUGCACUCUCCGCCAUGCACCUGUCACAUACCAGGCCAGAACUUGCACAAUUUUACCACGAGGAAGCUAUGGCCCUCCAAACACAAGCCUUGGCCUUUCUGAACGACAGUCCUAUCGAGAUCAACUCAGCGAACUGUGCUCCUAUGCUCGUCUUCACAAGCUUUCUCGGAAUGCAUGCUCUUGCAGAAGCAGUCGCAUCAUCAAAAAACCAUGCAGACACCUUUUUAGAUAAAUACUUAUCGUAUUCAAAUCUUCAUCGAGGAGUCCGUGCGAUCACCGCCCAAUCGUGGGACUUAUUAAUGCAGUCCAACAUAUCUCCGAUCCUCACACAGGCAGAACAAUUAAUAAGAACCACCUCGUUAAAUAUGCAAGAGCAAGCUAAGACCGUCGCCGACCGCCUCUAUCGCUUGCUAGAUGACGCCUGUGUGAGCACGAGCUCAGAGGAGGCUUGUCGAGACGCAGUAUCCCAUUUACAACUGGUUUAUCAAACCGAGGCUUCUUUUGACGAUUCCGUCCCUACAGAAAAGCAACCUGCAGGGUUAAUAUGGGCUUGGCCCAUUCUUCUUUCGGGCGAUUUCACCGACUUGCUUCUGAGGCGCACACCUGAAGCCCUGGUUAUCCUCUGCUAUUAUGCGGUUCUUCUCCAUCGACAUCGUGACUUAUGGCUUGUUGGGCCUGCAGGCCGGAUGCUUAUCGAGGCCAUUACUGGAUCUUUGGGCACCUAUUGGAAGGAAUGGUUGGACUGGCCAAAUGCAAUAACAUCGUAACAGAGUAACGUAGGUGGCAAGCGAGCGCCGCACCCCACUAAACUUGCCCACCUUUGCAGACGCAUAUCUCAACAACGCAAUAAAAUAAUAGAUAGAUAUUAAUACAAUAG